AGAAGGCGAUAAACCGUGAAAUCUACUAAUCCCUCUCUUCCAUCUGACAGAAAUUGAAGAUAACGAACCCAACACUACCGAUGAUUCUGUUUAGAGAAGGAUCUGAACCCAACGGCGUGAGAGUUCAAUCUUACUCUGAGCUAGGGUACAUUGACGAAAUCGCAAACAGUUUAGAUACUGAAGACAUGAAAAUUCUGAAGAAAUCCCAGUUUGGGAAAGUAUUUGAUUUGCCAGAGGGAGGGGCAUAUUCUGGCAAAUUAAUUCAUUUUUUGCUAACGAGACAGCUUGUUGUUAGCAAAAGAAAUGAAAUCUUGUUCAGUUUUGGAGGGUCGCCUAUUCGCUUUUCAAUUUCAGAGUUUGAAAGACUCACAUGUUUAAACUGCAGCAAACCCCCAGCUGUCAAAGAGAGGAAGAGCAAACGAAAACUUAUGCCUGGGAAGUAUUGGUACAAGCUAUUUGAUCGCGGCGAUGUUUCUGUUGAAUGGGUUGUUGGUCAGUUGAAGAAGCAUUUGGUAGAAGACCAAGAUAUGCGAUUGCGGUACGCUGUUCUUGCUCUCAUUGAUGGUGUUCUGUGCCCAACGUCUAGUAGAACCAAAAUAUCUCUAGUUCAUGCAGAGAUGUCAGAAAAUCUUGAUAACUUUCUAAAUCACCCAUGGGGUACUACAUCGUUUCUGUUGACACUAAAGAGCAUUAGAGCAAAGGGAGCAGUUAAGCUAAUGAGGAAAUCAGCAACUGUUCAAGGGGAUUCUGAGAUGGAGGAUAUUGACUCUGAAAUCGAGCGGCUAUGGAGUUUGAACCUGGAUAUAGUGUGGAAGGUCGAUAAGAAGUCCCUGAGUAAUGUCCCCUCUAUUUUAAGUGGAGAUGUCAAUGGUGACCCUUUCGUCAGUGGAUGGCUGGAGGACGAAGCUGAUCCUGGUGUUGACCACCUUCUCCAACUUGUACGCGAACAUCAACAAUUUGAUGCCUCACUGUUCCUUGGGAGAUUGGUGCCAGAUUCUCUGCCUGAUGAUAGGAACGACAACAGUGAUAUUUGUAGCACGCAGGACACUGUCGCUGAUGAAACUCUAGACCCCCCAAAUGGCUUGGACCGUGUGUUGAAAGCACUUGCGGAUUCCGAGGCUCGUAUGACCAAGUUGUUUACAGAAGCUCUUAGAGGUGUUGGAAACUCUAAUGUUCAAAUUCUGAGGGAUGUAGAUGGAAAUGGUGAGCAAUCAACAAAGGAUGGCGUCAGUGGUGAAGAGACCAUAGAUGGAUCUGUGGAGAAAGCAAAAAAAAAUGGUGGUAAUUAUCAGCAGGGAGUCUCAUCUUCUGCUGAUAUAGGAGCCACUAGAUCCCUUUCUGGCGGAGAGAACGCAUCUGGACUACUUGAAUCUGUCUUAGGAAAUAUCUUGACAGAACUGAAUGAUGCGCCAUCUCUACCAGCAAUGGCUACUUGGCAAUGUGCUGUAGGCAGAAAGAAGAGGAAAAGAGGUAAAACAACUAUUGUUGCUAGUGGCGCAGAUGGGUCUGUAUCUGAAGAUCUUGGUGUCCAUGGGCCUGGUGUUCGACACCAAGCAGAGGAUGUAUCUCAGCAGGACCCUGAUGAACCUCCAGCUCCUGCCAAAAAUGUUGUCCCUGAGACAGUUCUCCACAGCCCAGAUGCAUUAGAACAGGAUCACACACAUUUACCGUCUCUCGUGGUUCCCGACUUUGAUGUAGCUGCAGCUGCAGCCAUAAAUGUAGUGUCUAACUCAGAUCUCCGCAGCACAGAUGGAUCCGAAGUUAAUACGCUUCAUUCAGAAAAAAUCAUUGGAGAUAAGGAAGUAAAUGCUGCUUUAGCUGCCUGCAUUCAAGAGGACUUGGGUGAUGAAUCCAUGCCUCCUCAGAAUGAGGCACGUUGUGUCAUAUCAAAAGGCCUGCUCCCUGAGGAGAAUUUGCUGAAUCCAGUGGAACCAUCUCCCGAUACAUCUGUCCCCCCAACUGCCACCACUAAUGAACAGCUCAUGGAGGUGCCAUCAAAGGCUAAUUCUCCUAAUCCUCUGCAGACAUCUGAGCUUCCAUCUGACACCGUCAUUGCACCAUGCACAAGUAGUAGGACUGUUACAUUUGGCCAUAAUGUAGGCCGAGUGGAUAAGAUAAGACACAUAACUUCCUUGGCUAGAGAGAUUAAUUUUGGGACGAAUCGUACCCUCUCAUCCACUGAGCUUAGAGAUAUUGUUGAUUUAAAGUCAAUAGUACCGCAACUGGUUAUGGACAUCUUCAUAAAUAGCAUAAGGAUUGAUUGGCAAGCCAAAACUAGUAUCUUGAUGCACCAAGAUGUCGCAUUCAUUGAUUCCACCUUUGUUUAUGAAUUAUUCAAGCAUUACCCCAAGUUUAGCAAGACAAUAGAUAAAGGGAUGUAUGAGUUUGAUCACGAUCUUCUAGAAUGCACUCCCACUGGGUUUGAAAGGGUCUACAUUCCGUUUCUUUGGGUUAUGGCCGCCCAUUUAGUUGAAGCUCAUGCUGCUGGCGGGAUUGAGGCAUGUAAGCGUGUGAAGCUUGUUGAUGUGUUCACUGCUGCCAAAAAAUACAUGAUCGCUGCCUAUGAGUUAGCAAAUGGGACUGUUUGACUAUUCUUUUAACCGGAUCUUGUAAUAUAUUGGGAUUGAUGUGUAUGCCUAGCAUGAUACAAUGUUGUUUGUACCUUACUGAUUAUGUAUCUUUCCUUUUGGAGAUGUCCCACACUUUAUUUCACAAAUGAAAUCGUUUUCUGUUU